CAAAUCAAUGACUAUAGAUAAAAUGGAGGAAGUUGCACAAGGGAGAGUUUGGGCAGGUAAAGAUUCAGCUUCAAGGGAUUUAGUUAAUGCUAUUGGUGGACUUUCUCAGGUUGUUGCAAUAGCAAAGCUCAAGGCAAAUAUACCACAAGACACAAAGGUUACACUAGUGGAACUUGCAAGACCAUCCCCUUCACUGCCAAAACUUUUAAGUGGUGUAGGGAGUACUCUGGAGGGAGUUGCUUUCUAGGUAUGACCAAGAAAUUCAAUGGGUAGCAGGCUCAAGAAAUUUUGGUAUGGCCAUGCAGUAUAUAUAUAGGUCUGCAAAUUGGAGCAGGUGCUUUAAAGAAUAUAGUGGGGAUAUUAACUGACGUAAGUAUGC